AUGCAGUCAAUUCCAGACUCGGACGAAGCUCAACGAGCUGCGAUCACCCAAUCACUGACUCCGUUUCAGACCUCACUUGGAGACUUCAAGCUCCCAUCCCGAUCCGCUCUCGGGCGGUAUAUGAAGGGCUACGUGGACGGUUAUAGCAAUCAUCAUCCCCUCGUUCACAUACCCACGCUCAGCAUCGCCUCCCCGGAAAGAAGCCCAGAGUUUGUUCUAGCGCUUCAAGCAAUGGGCGCGCAUUAUCGAUACGAAACAAAAAUGGCUCGCCGUUUGUACCACGCAGCUAGGUCGGUUAUUGUUGACCGUCAAACCCGCGGCGGGCCGCUCUCGAGCCCGGCAAAAGCCGGUGUACCCGGGCGUGGUACAAUGGACCGACUGCGCGCACUCGUCCUGGACGGUGAUUUCAUCCGAUGGAUUGCCUCGCUUCUUCGUAGCGCCGGGGACAACUGGCGGCACGCAUACUGUCUGUUGAUGAAACAAACAAUACUAUACGACACGCCUCCAAUGGUAUUGAGCCACGAGCUCGAUCUCCCUCUGCCAUCCUCGUGCCGUGAAUGGAUAGCCGCGACGCCAUCGGCAUGGCUCGCUGCUCGGACCACAGCGCCACCCGCGAUCUCUUUCAGGGAAUGCCUCCGCUUACAGCUGGCCACCACCCAGCCCCAAGUUCCAGCCCCAUCACUUUCUCCGAUGGCAAACUAUGUUCUCAUUCAUGCGCUCCUCCAACGAAUCUAUCUGGCAAACUCCCUGUCCCAGGACGUAGACCGCCCCUCCCUCUCCGCCGCCGAAACCGACAGCCUCGAGCGGGCCCUCAACAACUGGCGGAUCACGUGGAAGGCGUCCCCAGACACCGUCCACGAUCUGCAUGACACCUACGGGUCCAUGGCCUUCGCCUCCACCGCGUUGCUGGGCAUGGCUCACGUCCGGCUGCACUGCGACCCCCCGACGGUCGCGGCCAAGCUCCACGAAUGUCCGCUGCCGGAGCGGAGCCCACAUCUGCCUCACGCCUUGCUCCACUCGAUCCACGCGCUCCGCAUCUCUGUUCACAUGGGCUCCUUCUCGUGGAGCUUGUAUCAUGUCUUCUGUGGACUGGAAUUUGCGGUGGUGGCGCAGAACUGCGCCAGCAUGCCCCUCACCGACUACGAACGACAGAUUAUCCAAUGGAUCAUUCGCGUGGUGCGGGACGGUCUCGAGUCCCACGAUGAGACAGCCGGCGACGAUUACGAGAUCGCGGACGACGAGCUCCGCCGCCCACAGGAAACAAUCCGCUUUCUGAAGUUUGCGGUGCCGAAGUUGUGGGCGCAGAUGUUCAUCGCCUGUAAUAGCCCCUGGCCCAUUGCUCGCAUGAUUGGGGAGAGCUUGGAGCAUUACGCCUACCUCGUGAGAGAUGAGGUCUGAUUGAAAUGGGCACUUCAUUUGUCGACGACGGUGAAGGUAUUUGCGCCUUCGUCGAUAUUGGAUAGGUCAUUGCAUACGAAGGUUUUGGGGAUGCUUUACCGCAACAUUAACUGACCUGCU